GUCAAAACAUCGAAUUUAUGGGUCAUCCGCCGAACAGUCUUUGCUUGCCACCCAAUGAUUUCUUCUUAUUCCCGCAGAUCAAAAUUGAAUUGCGAGGUCAACGUUUUUUUACACCUGGAGAAGCGAUUGAUGCGUUCAAAUCACCUCAAUCGCGUUCAAAUGUUUUGGAGGUACUUCAAUCGGAAUAGAAACAAUUUCAAAUAUCUUUUUAUAUUUGUCUAUUGUAAAACAUGCAAUGAGUCAGAUAGUACCAGACAAAAUUGAUUAUCAAAAUUUUCCACUGCCAUUCAGAUUAAUUACCAAUGCUGUAGGUGGUACACAAUUUCGACAAGCAAUCAGUUUUGGAAGUUGUCGAAUAGUAUAUAAUCCGGUAUGUCCAGAUCCAGACGUCACAUUUUUCUUGUUCACGAAAGAAAAUCCAGAAUAUCCUGUACCGAUAUUGGUCGGAUCGAGUAGAUUGGUUUCGAAUUUAAACAGUACUUUAUUCGAUGCGACUAAGCCAACAAAAAUAAUUAUACACGGAUAUAAUUCCAACAUGAACAUAAGUGCUUUAGUAGAAAUAAGAAACGAAUAUUUGAGAACAAAAGACUUCAAUAUUUUUACUGUUGAUUGGAGUCCUUUGAAUCAGUCUCCUUGUUAUUUGGGAGCUGUUAUUAACAUCCGCCAUGUAGGUACUUGUACUGCUCAAUUAGUUGAAAGACUUCUAGAAUUAGGAAAUACUGAUAUACACGUUUUAGGAUUUAGUUUAGGAGCCCAUGUUACAAAUUAUAUGGCGAUAGCGCUUCGCCCGUAUCGGGUACCAAGAAUAACGGGUCUUGAUCCAGCUCUUCCUGGUUUCACGACGUGGGAUUUAGAUAGUAAACUUGAUAAAACAGACGCAGAAUUCGUCGACGUUUAUCACACUAAUGCUUUUUUUCAAGGGAAAGUUGAAGAAAGUGGCCAUGUUGAUUUUUAUGUUAAUGGUGGUGUUUUCCAGCCAGGAUGUUGGGCACAAAUUAGAUAUUUUGCGUGCAAUCACCAUCGAGCUCCUUUGUACUAUGCAGAAUCGAUAAACACAGUAAAAGGUUUCUACGGAUGGCCCUGUCCCUCAUAUUUCGAUUACCUUUUGGGUAGAUGUCUUCCUAAAGAUCCGCAAAUUCUUAUUGGGGAAUAUAUCGCCAAAGGGGUACAAGGAGUUUAUCUGGUGAUUACAGAAUCUGUUUCCCCUUUUGCUGUUGGUAAAUAUGAAGGUCCAAGCGUGGAAAUUUUGAAACAAUUCGAAGCACAUAGGAUGGCCAUUUUGGACAAAUAUAAAAAUAUUGUGAUUGGGUAUGUCGAUGAAGAUGAUUUAUUGGAUCAAUUGUAUAAUCAAAGGAACAUCAAAUCGAAGAUCAGUAAUAAGUUAUUCGAAGUUGUAUUGGAUCGUGAAGAAAAUGCCGAUCUUAUAAGUGUUUUAAACUGA